CAAAACAGAGAUCACUGAAUUUUACUCGCUGCUCAUCUUUACAAAGAAAGCAUGGGAUCCUCAAAGCUGGCUCUCCUCAUGGUCCUGAUGGCCUGCGUGGAACACACCUGGUCUGCCUCCUGCGUGGUCGACAGCUUCACAGUCAAGGAGGACUUUGAACCGAAGAGGUAUGCAGGGAAGUGGUAUGCCCUUCAGAAGAAGGACCCCGAGGGACUAUUCCUCCAGGACAACAUCUCCGCUGAGUACACCAUCGAUGAUGACGGCACUAUGACCGCCUCCUCCAAGGGACGUGUCACUCUCUUCGGGUUCUGGGUUGUGUGUGCUGACAUGGCUGCCCAGUACAGUGUUCCUAACCCCACCACCCCCGGCAAGAUGUUUAUGAACUACCAGGGGCUGGCCAGCUACCUGUCCAGUGGAGGUGACAACUACUGGGUGAUUGACACCGACUAUGACAACUAUGCCAUCACCUACGCCUGCCGUACCCUGAAGGAGGAUGGAAGCUGCGAGGAUGGUUACUCCCUGAUCUUCUCCCGUAACCCACGUGGCCUACCCCCAGCCAUCCAGCGCAUCGUCCGUGGGAAACAGGAGGAGAUCUGCAUGGCUGGCCAGUUCGAGCCUGUCCUGCAGUCCGGAGCUUGCUAAGUUGGCAGCACACCCUGUGCUCAAUUCCUUAAACAUGCUGGCAUGAGAAGAGGCGUCCAUGGCCGAUGGAUGCAUCCAUAGCAGUGCUGUAGAAAUGAAUAGACCGUGUUGCGAGGCGGGAGGGAAGAAGUCCACCUCUGCCACCCAUUGUCUCAAGGGAAAGGUUGAUCAAUUAGGUUGGUGUGUUCUGUCAAGUCAAGUGCGCGUGUUAAAAUGUAUCUUCUUUUUUUUCAACAAAUCUCUGAGUUGCAUCCAUGUUUGAUCAAGACUGCAUUUAAGCAAAAAGACCUGAGUGGGUGUGGUAUAUAUAUACCAUGGCCAAUAUACCAUGGCUAAGGGCUGUUCUUAGACACGACGCGAUGCGGAGUGCCUUGAUACAGACCUUAGCCAUGAUAAAUGGCCAUAUAUCACAAACUCCCGAGAAGCCUUAUUGCUAUUAUGAACUGGUUACCAAUGUAAUUAGAGCAGUAAAAAUAAAUGCUUUGUCAUAC